GAUCCGGGCCGGAACUUCGAAAAGCGAGGUGGGAAAAGUUGUCUCGGUCGUAAUGGAACGGGAACUUUAAACAAUAUUUUUGAGUUUCGUUAACAACUGAAAAAUACUGUUGGCAUUGCAUUAUCAAAAUAUAUGUAUAUUUUUAUGAAUACCCAGAAGGAUCACCGUCAUUGCAGAAUUAUAAAAUAAAUAUUGGAGGUGAUUAUUUCAUGGUGUUGGAUUAAAGUGCCGUACGUUGUGUGCAAGGAGUUUAUACUUUGAUGAGGAUGUAGCCGGCUGGACAAUGACCUUAGUACUGCUCGCCCCCAGGUGAUGGAAAUGGGAGGGUCGAGUUUUAUCAUACUGUGUUUAUUCCUUAGUCUCCGUGUUCAGCCCGUGGAUCCAGCUUGCACGCUGCCAUUUAAUGGAACUUGGGUUUCUAGCAAUCGAGGGACAUGGACAGUAAGUUCCAGCGCCAUACAAAACUUCAAGCUGAAUGUGGACACUACCGGGUCCUCGCUGUGGACUAUGGACUGUUAUGAAUCUGAUGGUACCUACUAUGUCCUCAAGUCAAAUGGGAUUUUCAAGCCCUUUACGACUGUUGACACUUACAUUUACAUCUGUCUGACCUUUACUAAGCAAACAGACAACAAAUAUCUCUUCAGUAUGCAUGCAGCUGAGUAUGAAGUCACGACAUCACCUUCUAUAUACGAACGUGUCAUCCUCAGGCAUAUUUCCGUCACCACGGUAACACAGAGUGACGUGUGUACGGAAACAACUGGUCUAGGAAUGGAAAGAUACCACGUGGCACUUGAAUCUGGUUACGAGGUUGCGGAAGCGAUCACUUGUCCAACUAGUAUUCAGAGUACAUGGUCGUACACGUACACGGGACUGACGUGUUCUAAUACAUCUGUGGACACGUGCUCUGACAGAACCAAGUUCGCGUACAAUGACACUAUGUGCACGGAGAAUCCAAUGUUUUCUGCUGACGGUACGUUAUAUUGUAUAUACUCUGCUACAAACGGAAGUAGCACCUAUGUGACGUUGUAUAACGCCGACUCCUCAGUCACAAACCCAACCACCUUCCAAUAUGCCUGCAUGAUAUAUACUACUUCCGGUAGCACAAUCUCAGCUACAGUAAAUCCAGAAGAAUGUGUAACAGGUCAAACCUCAACAACCUUGACCUCCGCUUACGGCAAGGUCGUCACUUAUACAGAUAUAUCCACAUCUGACUGCAUUUCAGAUGCAACACCGACGUCAGAAACAGAUUUAACCUGGCUUUAUAUUCUCAUCGGCAUUCUCGUAUUUAUUAUCAUCGUUUUGAUCGUCAUUAUUCUCAUUUGUAUCUACUGUCGUCGUAAAAAACGAAAGAAAAUAGACGACGAAGAGCGUAACAUUACAGAAGAGUCUGAUGUCGAUAACAAAAGCAUUAAGAGUGAAGACCGGAAGAGUGAACAGGAACCGGAACCACUAAGCGAGGAAAUAAAACAGGAAGAGGAGGAUGAUAGGGCAUCACAGGACUCCGGGUUUAUUCCGGAUAAAAUUGAUAAAGAGGAGGAAAAAAAGCAAGAUAUCCUACCAGAGUCUGAAGAAAAGAAAGAAGAAGAGGUGCGAGUGGAAGGCGAUGGACAAACAAAGGAAGACGAAGAAAGGCCUGGAACAGUAGUGAGUAAAAUGUCGGAUCUCGGUAGCACUUUAGCACCUUCAGAGCAGGUUGACGGGGCUACUCCUUUACCGAGCCAGGAACCAACACCAAGAGAAGAGGAACAACAUGAUGAACAACGACCAGGAGGACCAAGCUCUGGAGAGAGUGGUGAAUCAUCGGAAGACGAGGAAGAAGUUCAAAGAAGGAUCAGAGAAAUUGGGGGAAAGAAACACGGACCAGACUAUGUGCCUGAGGGACAGUUGAGCAAAGUACUUGUUACCAGAAAUAUGCACGAGAAAAAGAGAAACAAGAAACAGAAGAAACUAGGCCAGUUUGCUCGAGGAAAGUCGAAAGGCGACAAGCGUAAGGAUGGUAGUGGUACCCCGGACUUGUUAGAAGAGGAGAAACUGAAAAAGAAUGGGGACGGAAUCAAAGCUGAGUACAUGGAGCAGUACGUGAACAAGAAGCGGAUCGAAACCAGGCUCGACGAAGAACACUACUGGAGCGUGGACGACGGACUGGACCAGUUCAAACUGGAGGAGUAUGAUGACGAGUUCGAAGAUUCCUUUCCAAAAGAAGGGGAGCAGAAGAAAGAUGUAGAAGAAAUGGUUGUUGAGAAUGUUGAUGACGUGACUAGAACAAACAUGGUGGUCGUCGAGAAAGACCGCGAAAAGGACAGCGGUACAGACAGUCCGGGUCUAAAGGAUACGACCCAGAGAGACGAUGAUAACGACGCUAACAUUGACAGUGACCCUGACCUACGCGAUGUGGAGGACGACGAUAUAUUUGAUGAGGACUACGUCAAAGGAACGACGAAACUACCCCCAGGGUUUAUUCGAGACACAGAGGGUCGAAUCAUUCGAGUCACAGAUGGUCAAAUAAUUUCUGAGGAAGAAAUGGCACAUUAUUUCAAGAAAGCGAGAGUCAGAAGAUUGUUCAAAAUCCAGCGCCUUAAACGGAACAAGAAAGGACGGCCUACAGGGGGUUAUAUUGCUGAUGAUUUUGGUCCUGAGGUAAUGCAAACUCAGAACGAGGAUAAGAAAGAUGUGGAUGGAGAAGAUGGACCCAGACCUAAGCACCCAAGGUCUUCUGCAGACAGACUAGGCUCAUCGGAGCGAAAACAGAAAGGCUCUUUAACCAAAGUGGAUAACACUGGCGGCAAGUCCGUCGCCUUCAAUGUCGGCGAGAAUGACGAGGAGGAUAUCAUUACCUUUGGGGAAGAUGAUGACGAUGUUAAACGAAAGGGCCGUCGGGAUGUAGCAACACCCAGCCGUGAGCUCCUGAAGAAGCGUUUGUUUAAAUCCAAAAGAAAACGAGAUCCUCAUUUAAUAUACGUGUCCGAGUCCGAGAAGCCAAGAGAACUGAAUAACCUGGUAAAGGUUUACGGUCGCGGUGGAGGAUUCGGGUCUUCGUUAGGAGGAACCGGAAUAGGAGGACGGCCACCUCUUCCUCCAUCUUCCCUACAGAGAAAUGACAGUACAAGGGGGUCUCUUAACCCUGAACAACUAAGACAAUUCCGCCAGGGUCUUGCUAAUGAUAAGCAAUUCCUUGAUCAUAAACAAGGUGGAAACGACAGAUACAUUAGGGAAGCAUUCACAACGCCAAAUGAACUUGAAAUCGAGGAAAUUAGAAUGGAUGAUGAGGAACGUAAAUCGAUUGACAUUGGUGACGAAGAUGAGUUUGUCCUUGUGGGUAACAGAACACAGCCCCGUCCCGAGGGAUACCAAGAUUCACCAGAACCAUUUUUCACGAUUGUAAGACGUAGUGGAGAAAAAUUGAAUAAUGAACCAACACCGCCAUGGUGUACACGUCAUGAAUUACGUCACACUAUCCCAUGGUCACUCAGAAAACCGACAUCUAUGACAAGGGCAAACACAACACUCGAUGAAUCUGGAGAAAAUAUGCGCAUAGCUGGUGCUUCGAAAUCAGCAGACGCCAGAAAGCGAGAUAUGGAUGAAUGGCGUCUGAAAAUACUUCUAGAGGAACUGUAUAAAGACAAAAAAUAUUUUGACCAUGUGAUCGACUCAACAGAAAGAGACAAAGAUCCGGUAUUGGACGAACGAGAUCUUGCAGAACAUGGGCGAGGAUAUCUCCUGGACAGAGCUGAAUUCUGGGAUCAGCAGAUGAGGGACAAUCCUAUGCCCCUCCCGCCUUGGUGUGUUCCCUCUCGAGUAAACACGACAUUGAGAUUAGAGUCAGGGCGCGGAUCUCAGACUUCUACAGUUACUCCCCCUAUAUAUAGACAAACACCUCCUCCCCUGAAUGUGCCAAACGAAAGCAAGGACUCCCUCUAAAACCCCACUUGCUCAAUCUCUCAAUAAAAGAAGAAACACAAAGGUUCUUCCAUCGAUAUUACCUCCAUUGUGAAACAGAUGUCAUCGUUGGGAUUCGGGUAUCAUGUUUUGUCCUGUUAUUUUCGUGUUUCUGUCGAACUUGAAUAUCAAUGUGUUAUUGUACUUGAUUUUUGUUAUGUAUAUAAUGUUACUGACGACUUGUUUAAUUGAUAUGUGUAUUUAUUGUUAAUUGCGUUAUUAAUGUUAACUGUGCUGGUAACAUCACUCACUAGAUAGGUUUUACAAUAGACAAAACUUUGUGAGUGUGCGGAAUGGGACACUUUGUGGCAUAUUUUGGUGUUUUGAGACGUACCCGAGUGUUUGUAAGACUGUGAUACUACGCUGUGAUCGACGUUGUUACAGUACAUGAUCAGUAUUAUUUUAGUUUUAGACUUGUUUUAAAAGAUGUAAGUAUCUUUUUCCUCAUUCCCGUCCUUCACUCUCUGAUUUGUGAAUGUAUCGUAUUCUACGCAAACCUUACGCUGCUGAAGUUCUAAGUAACAUUCUAAAAGCAAAGAGCAUGCAAUAUAUUGAUACUGUGUUUGUAUGUGUAUGGUUUAUAUCUGACUCUCAAAGACUGCAAUAAAAUUGUUCGAAAGCUG